GCUAUAUAUAGAGUACCGCUGCACGAGAGUCCUGCGAAGGAUGCUGCCGCAAGCUCUGAAGAUGACCGGCAGAAGCGCGUUUCCGCUGCUCAGGUGCGCGGACCGCUGGCCUGACGUCAUCGCGUCCGCUGCGUCACGCCAGGUGAAGACGCUGGAGCAGAUGCCCGGACCCUCGGCCCCGGGCUUCAUCUGGGACCUGCUCUUCAGACGCGGACUGUCGCGCCUCCAUCAGCUGCAGCUGGAGGGCAGGAGGAGGUACGGGCCCAUGUGGAAGGCCAGCUUUGGGCCCAUCCUGACGGUCCAUGUGGCCGAGCCGGAGCUGAUCGAGCAGGUGCUGAGACAGGAAGGCCAGCACCCCAUGCGCUCGGACCUCUCGUCCUGGAAGGACUACCGCAAGCUCCGCGGAGAGGGAUACGGACUCCUGACAGCUGAAGGUGAGGAGUGGCAGAGCGUGCGCAGUCUACUGGGGAAGCACAUGCUGCGGCCUAAAGCUGUGGAGGCGUAUGACGGCACACUCAACGCUGUAGUGACAGACCUCAUCCAAAAACUCAAGCUACGCUCGCAACAGAGCUCCAGCGGCCUCGUCACUGACAUCUCUGCUGAGUUCUACCGCUUCGGUCUGGAAGGGAUCUCGUCUGUGCUGUUUGAGUCCAGGAUCGGCUGUCUCGACCCGGUGGUUCCUGUGGAGACGGAGCGCUUCAUCCAGUCCAUCAACACCAUGUUUGUCAUGACGCUCCUCACAAUGGCUAUGCCUCAGUGGCUCCACCGGCUGCUUCCCAAACCCUGGGACACCUUCUGCCGCUGCUGGGACUACAUGUUCCAGUUCGCUAAAGGGCACAUUGACCAGCGUCUUGAGGAGGAGAGGCAGAAGAUGGCACGAGGAGAGCGUCUAGAGGGACGGUACCUCACCUACUUUCUGUCUCAGGCCGGAGUUCCUCUGAAAUCUGUGUACAGCAAUGUGACCGAGCUGCUGCUCGCUGGCGUCGACACGAUCUCCAGCACGCUGUCGUGGUCUCUGUACGAGCUCUCGCGGCACCCUGAGAUCCAGACGGCGCUGCGGGACGAGGUUCGGUGCGUGAUGAAGGGCCGCAGCGUCCCAGAGGCGCGUGAUGUGGCGGCCAUGCCGCUCAUGAAGGCCGUGAUGAAGGAGAUCCUCAGGCUCUAUCCUGUGAUUCCAGCUAACGCUAGAGUCAUCACAGACAGAGAUAUUACCAUCGGAGGAUACCUCAUCCCGAGAAACACGCUGAUCACUCUGUGCCACUACGCCACGUCCCGUGACCCGCGGCAGUUCAGUGAUCCGGACGCGUUCGUCCCGCAGCGCUGGCUGAGCCGCUCCGAGGGCAGUCACCCCUACGCCUCCGUGCCGUUCGGAGUGGGCAAGCGCAGCUGCGUCGGCCGGCGCAUCGCUGAGCUGGAGGUCUACCUGGCGCUGGCUCAGAUUUUAAUGCACUUUAACGUGGAGCCGACGGAGGAGAGCGCUCCGGUCCGGCCGAUGACCAGAACUCUUCUGGUGCCCGAGAGACAGAUCAACCUCCGCUUCAUCGAGCGCUGACGUGACGGUCCGAGUGACCGGGUGUGACAGAACUGGCCCUGUCCUUCACAGAGAGCCAGGAGGACACUGGGACAUCUGCAGCAGGAGCCGCUCUCAGCACCUGUGACUCCCUUACCUGAGCGGAUACCAGCUCAAGAACUACCCUGUGAUUCAUUACCCAUGUGACAUAACCCAGAAAAGAGUUCAAGAGAAGCUGAAGGUGUCCGUUGCUGGAUGAAGCUGCACAGACCGUGCUGCAGAUCUUCAUGAAGAGCCGCUUCGCUCCUUCGUUACGCAACAGAGAGCCUAGAAAAACUCUAGAAAAGCUCUUCAUUUAUAGACGCUUGUGUGCAAAACAAAUGAGGAGCAGCUCGUGCUCAUGGUCUUUAUUAGAAAAUGAAGAUUUGGUGCUAUACUGUGUUUGAAAUUUGCCAGUUUUUCAUUGUAGCCACUGCAGACCCGUCUCCUUGAGACUUCAGUAAUCAUACAGAGAAACAUGCCACUGUCCACAAAGUGCUUUUUUCCACAUAUGGUUGAUCUGUGAAAUUCUGAACUGACAUAAGAUCAGCCAUAUAUAUUCAGGAAAAAUAUCAGUGCUGAACAUGCAAUAUGAUUGCUUACUUAAUUGCACAAUUUUUCUACAUUGAAUAAAAAUGUUGUUUUGAGUAAACUUCAAAGGUAACUGCAUUUGCUGUCGCUGGUUAUAAAGUCUUUUUUACUAACAGUGAACAAAAAACAGACUUUACUUUCUGGCUCGCUCCUGUAGUUUAGUCUGCGGUAAUUCCACAAAAGCGUGUUUAACCUGCUUACUCUAAUAGCAGGUUUUCUGAGAAGGGUCGUGCUGUUCUAGUGAAACAAAGGCUGAUGAACACAAGGCCAGGCUGUGUUUGCUCUGGGGUUUCCCCAGCGAGCGUUCAGAGGGUCAGCGUGUGCUCUGAACCCGUGAUACUGGGAAACCAGCAGCAGUCUCCUAAAACAAUCGGCUCUGUUCGGCGCAGCUGUAUGUCCUCUAAACCUAAAGCCUGCUCCGAUGGCCACGUCAAGAUUCAACGUUCAACGCUUCAUUGACAUUAGUGCUCUGGAACUCGUUUUGUAACAGCAAAGAAGCUUGGAAAUGAAGCGGUGAACUGAAAUCAGUCCAAAGCUCAUCUCUUGGUAGUUUGAACUGUGAGCAGCAUAUUCCUGUAAGUGUUUGUGUAAUUGCAAUCACAGAGAGUCGUCCAUGCUCAGCGGCUGAUGGAAGGAUGCCAUCUUGUGGUGCAGGAUUGUUUAAGAUCUUAAUAUCAGAUUUACCCUGUAAAGCCUGACAUAUGAAAUAACAGUCAGCAAAACAUUAGUUUAUUGAAGCUUUAGAUCAAAUAUGAAGGAAAUAAGUUUGCAUUUGUGUUUUAUAUCAUAUUUAAUCCAUCAGGCUUUUAUAUCUCAUAUAGUGAAAAUAUGGAAGAAAAAAAAUAGACUCAAACUGAACAAAAAUAUGAAUUUGCUGCAGAUGCUGAUAUGAUGAAAUUCUGACGCUUGUGAUGUAAAUCAAUGAGAUCUUUAUAGCAGUACAGCAGAUACUGACAUAUAUCUCCAUAUGUUUUAGUAAGAUGAGAUUGAAAUGAUCCAAACAUAUAAUGCAAUGCAAUCCAAUGCUGAUUGAGAGAUGAAGAAAUAAACGCUCCUCAGAAGCCUGAUGAUCAGAUUUGAGACUAAAUUUGAUUUUUAUAAAUAAUGAAGCGAAGUGUUCAGCUUUAAAUGAUCAAAGUUACUCUUUUACGUUUACUAAUAAACUUAAUAAAAAUAAUCUGAACAACGUUUACUGU